UCUUAGCAUGACCUCUACUGCAUUUGAAAACACUCGGGAACCGAGUUGAAUUGGUCAUUGCAGCUGUAAAAUGUAAUUUUAACAACUGAACAACAGUUUGAUCAACACAUUAAUUACUCUUAAAUAUCACCAACCUCAGAAAGGCUUAUGUGCUCCGCGCCGCUCGAUUUCCGACUCGGGGAGAUUAGUGUGACGGUUGUCGGCGUUGAGUCAGUUUCAGCACCACUGCAUCAACAUGGGUGUGAUAGGUGUACAGCUGGUGGUUACCAUGGUAAUGGCCAGUGUCAUUCAGAAGAUCAUACCUCAUUAUUCCUUCGCAAGAUGGCUGCUCUGCAGCGGCAGUCUGCGAUGGUACCAGCACCCUACGGAAGAGGAGCUCAGGAGCCUGGCUGGAAAGCAACAGAAAGCAAAGAGCAAGAAAGACAGGAGGAACAAUGGCCACAUAGAGAACAAACCUCUGACCAUUCCCAAGGACAUAGACCUUCAGCUUGAGACCAAAUGCAUCACUGAAGUGGACACAUUAGCGCUGCAUUACUUCCCCGAGUUCCAGUGGCUGGUGGACUUCUCGGUGGCCGCCACGGUGGUAUAUGUGAUCACAGAGCUGUACUACACCGUGGCCCGGCCCUCUGGGGAAAUGAACAUCAGUGUGGUGUGGUGUCUCCUCGUCCUCUCCUUCGUCAUAAAGACCCUGUUCUCCUUGACGGCCCACUACUUUAAGCUGGAGGAGGGUGGCGAGCGCUCACUCUGCAUCACCUUUGGUUUCUUCUUCUUUGUGAAAGCCAUGGCCAUCCUCAUUGUCACUGAGAACUACCUGGAGUUUGGCCUGGAGACAGGUUUUGCCAAUUUCUCUGAAAGUGCCACGAAUUUUUUGGAAAACCAGGGGCUGGAGUCUCAGGGUCCCAUAUCUAAACUCACUUUUAAGCUUAUCCUGGCCCUGCUCUGCUCUCUGAUUGGUGCAUUCCUUACAUUUCCCGGCCUCCGAUUGGCUCAAAUGCACCUGGACGCCCUCAACCUGACCAGAGCCAAAGUCACACAGACAUUGCUCCAUAUCAACUUCCUAGCCCCUCUCAUUAUGGUCCUGCUGUGGGUGAAGCCCAUUACCAAGGACUAUUUCCUGAAUCCAACACUCGGGAAGGAGAGUAUGCCUUUGAUGACCGAGGAGACCUACGACACUCUGCGCCUGUGGGCCAUCCUGCUCCUCUGUGUCCUGCGCCUGGCCAUGAUGAGACACCACCUCCAGGCCUACCUCAACCUGGCCCAGAAGGGCGUGGAGCAGAUGAAGAAGGAGGCGGGACGCAUCAGCACCAUCGACCUGCAGAAGAUGGUCGCUCGUGUGUUCUACUACCUGUGUGUAAUCGCCCUGCAGUAUGUGGCCCCCUUGGUGAUGCUGCUGCAUACUACCUUGCUGCUGAAGACCUUAGGGGGACACUCCUGGGGAGUGUAUCCUGAGGAUGACCUUCCCUGCUCGCUGGAGAUGAACUCCGACCCUGCUGUGGUGGCGGCGGCGUCGACGGCGACUCCCGGUUUGGCUCUGGAGGCCCGGGCGUCGGUGGCCCACCUGUCAGUUGCCCUCGGGGGCCUGAGGACAGUGUUCACCCCUCUCCUCUUCCGUGGCCUACUCUCCUUCCUCACCUGGUGGAUCGCUGCCUGCCUCUUCUCCACUUCCAUCUUUGGCCUGUUUUACCACCAGUAUCUUAUGGCGGCAUAGCAGCCUUCCCCCUGGGUCAGGUGUGUCCUGCAGGACUCUGUUCCAGGCCCGUUCAGACAUGACUGUGUGGGGUGGGGCCCUAAUGAACACAACCCUCCCCCUGUGAGCCCUGUCACUCAUAUCAGCAGGCUGUCCUCCACCAAUGACUGAGCUCUUCUUUUACUAAAAGCCGUUCCACUGUAGCCGAAUGAUGCUGAAAUGAAGCCUUCUCACUUUAAAAUCUAUAUCAAACAAAAACGAAUGAUUGGAAGGUUCAACAAACCGUUGAACUGUGUUCUGAAGGACCAUUUGGCGUUUACAGUAACACGUUUAGCUGAAGAGAGGUGCAGAUGUAAAGUUUGGUAACCGAUUGAUGGAACAAAUGGCACAAACCGUCUUUCUGUUAACAAACUUGGCAUUUCCAACAUUGUUAAAUGGUAUAUGUUUAUGUUAAAAGAUAUCAGUUGACAUGGUUAAAAGUAGUUCCUGAGAACAGUGCUGAAUUGUUUGUUGAACUUAGCAAUCAUUGUUCCUUUUUUGGCCAAAACCUUGUUUUCAAAAGUUUUCAAUUCUAUUCACAGCAUCACUCUGCUACAAUGGAAUUGCCUCUACUUUUCUGAGAGCAGGAUUCACAAAUCCUUAACAAAAGAGACUAAUAUAAACACGAGUAACAAUGUAUGUGUGAAGUCUUAAUCGGAGAAGCAGAGACAACCGUGUCCCUGCAGGCUGAAGGAUAGGGGCGACAGGCUUGGGAUUUAGUACAGGGACAUGUGAGCUAACCUGCCAAUAAGAGGUCACUGCUGCCCGCCCGUCAUCGUUCGAGAAGGGACAGCUGAAUGAGAUGGCAGUCCUGCUGGAGAGGGAAUUGGAGUGGAAACCUUACCGGGAGAUCCCCUACUGAGAUCAUCACUUGAAACCGUUAUAUUUAAAUGUGUUUAAACUGACUGGCUCCCAAGGAAGAACAUGGGUUUUGAAGAAUGUGUUCCUUCUGAUUUGUGAAGUAUUCCGCCACCUCCCCUUGUUGACCUGGUACAAACUGAGCCAUACUGAGGGAGCUGAGAGAACCGCGUGGCCCUUCUGACAGCUGCCGACAGUCAGAGAGGGUGGCACACGUGAUGUGUGUGUGUGUGUGUGUGUGUGUGUGUGUCUGUCUACGUGUUGUUCAGUCCCAGCUGUUACGUUAGCAUUCAACCAAAAGGGCAUUUUGAUCGAGAGAAGUGUUGUCAACUGCCACUUUCAGUCACCCUGCUCUGUACGUAUGCAGCACUAUAAGAGCCAGUAGAGAAAGUAGUGUUUUGUCUUCUAGCUUUAUUUCAUUUAUCAGAUGUUUUUUCUUUCUUGUUGUUGUUUGAAAGAGGUGCCAAGAAUGAGUUCCCUUCAGCGGGCGGUGGAUUUGAUGACUGAAACUUAUUAACACACAGCAACGCUGCGGCCUUCUGUAUCCAUAGUCACCCUCAACGAUGUACUUUUUGUUUGUCAUUUAGCCGAUGCUCUUAACCAAGACGUUUUACGGUGUUGAGCAGCACACUCCCCUGUGGGUGUUGACCCAAUGGCCCUGGUGUUGCAAGCGUCAUGCUCUGCCAACGAGGCCACGCGGGACGUGAAUGGAGCGCGAGUGUGUUCCCACUCGUGCAUAUCGUUCACGUACGACGACAACAGGCUUGCUGACGCACAGGAAACGCAUCCAUCCUGUUCAGAAGUGAAGGACUGUUGUGGGAACGUGACUCAAGACUGUAGGGUUAUGUCUACUGGAGGUCCAAAGGGCUGACGAUGCAUUAGCCGGCUAGCUUCGAUGAGCAAUCAGAGAGAACAUUUUAUAUUCUGGUUUAACUAGAAAGCUAAUAUAUAGAUGUGUUUUUUUUUUUUGUUGAGCCAAUCAGACCAAGAUGAUUUCAAGCAUAUACACCUACUGUACUGAGCCAAAGUCUUAAGCCAUCUGAGGAUUAUUUUUAAACUAUUAAUCUGGGCAUUGAUUCAUUGCCUGUAAAGACACUAUUAAUAAAAUGCAACAAUUUCUUGUGUGUCCAGAAGUUUAUUAGGAUCUUGUGAGAUGGCUAGAAGAUGUCAUAAAUAUGAAGACUUUGGGCACUUUGAAGACAAUAAUGUUGUUGACUUUAAACUCUGUCUGCAUCUGAGUAACAGUACUUAAGUGUUACUUCCUCGAGGGACUGGAGGAAAUCCAAUUAACAGCUUGCUCAGCAUCUGGCAGAAUCAUCUGGCACCAAAAUGCACGCUUUGGCUGAGAACAUUCUUAGAAAGAAAUGGCCAUCUUUGACUGGGGAAAAAAACUUGAUGAUAAUGACCCCAAUGAUGUAACGGUAUUAGAUUGUCCUCCUCAUAGACUUGAACAUGGAUCACUUGGACAGGGAAAAUAACUAGGUCAAAAUAAAGCCUACAAGACAUCUGGAGGAAUUUACCAGAAAGUGAUGAUACAACGAUCUACCAAAGCAAAUUCUUUUAGUUUUGCAUUCUGUGGCCAUACUGAAUAUAUGUUUUCAUUUUAUCCAUGCUCUUUGUGUUAACUUCAAUAUUAUGUUUUUCUUAACAAAUGAACACAUGGCUCAGAUUAAUGGCAUUAAAAUAAUCUUGGGUGGCCUAAGACUUUGGCACAGUCCUGUUAGUAGUUUUUUUUUUUUGUAUCUUCAGGCAAGUUUGCGGGCUAACUCAUUGAUCCUUCUUUGUGGCAUGUUCCUCAGAAUUUAGAGAAAUGUUCGUAUUGAUCAAUAGUUGUUCUAAAGCUAGUCUGGAGAAUUAACAUUCUCACAGCGUCAUAUCGGAAGACAGUCUUUCUUUUUUUUUUUUAUGAAAACUUUUUUUUAAAGAGCUGUCCAAGUCUUAUCUUCACUUGUUCCUAUCCAUUUAAAAGGUGCAGAUUGUGCACACUAUGAAUGUAUUAAUCCUGCUUAAUUUCAGGUUGUUCUAAUGAUGGAAAUGUUUGGUGUCCAUGAUUUAAAUGGUUACCUUUUAAAACAGUUUAAUGGCAGCACAUGGCUCCUAUUUCUAGCCAUGUGUCUCAUUUGACAGUUUCAACAGCAGAUUUGUUUAAUUUUGACAAGCAUUUUUGAAAUUACAUUUUUAUGUAUAUUUUUUUUUGGGGGGGGGGGGGGUCUAUAAUUUCCAAUCUUAACACCAAAUUAUGUAUUAUUGGGCUCUGCAGUGUUUUUAAUCAGUUCGGAAAUGUGUUGAAGACAAAUCAAUUACAAAUCGUAUCUUUAGAUUUUUUUUUCUCCCCCCGAUAUGUCAAUCAAGAAGUAGCUGGGAUACUUUUACAAUCCGUUAGCCAGAAGGCAUUGUUUGUCUUGUCUGUCACCAAUUGAGUGUUUUAUUUUGUGUUCAGAAGUAUUUCUAUUCUUCCAUGUAUUUAUUAUUCCUGGUUUAGUUUGUCAUUAAUAAAUUAAAAUCAUUACUUGUUA